UGGCAAAAGGGUGAAGAGGCCAAGAGAGUGCAAUUAAUCAAUAUGCGAGUCCUUACGCAAAGUGAUGCCAUCAGCGUUUAAUUUAAUUUAAUUACCUAACAUCGCUAAAGAGGUGGGAAAAGUCAUUAAAAACCGAUUGGGCUCUCUUGGCAAGGAGCACAAUGCUGAAGGAUCUCGUGUCGCCAGAGUCCGCCUCGGCGGAAAACACUUGUGCCGGCUGCGGAUUAUCCAUCAAGGACAGAUUCUACCUUCUGGCGGCAGAUCGUGCCUGGCAUGGACAGUGCCUGAGAUGCUGUCGCUGUUCGCAGCCCCUCGACACGGAGCUGAGCUGCUUCUGUCGCGGCGGCAACAUCUACUGCAAAGAGGACUACUGUCGGAUAUUCUCAACGACACGCUGUGCCAAAUGUGGCGAUGGCCUCAGCUCAUCCGAACUGGUGAUGCGAGCCAGAGAGAUGGUCUUUCACGUCACCUGCUUCUCCUGCACACUUUGCGGUGCACCGCUGAGUGCCGGAGACACAGCCGCCAUUCGCGGAGGAAGAGUUUUCUGUGGGGAGCACUAUGACGCCGACAUCCUCCAGCUCGAGAGUAACGAACUCAAUCUCACACCAUCGCCCCAAUUCUACUGCAGCAGCCCGCAGAAGGGCAGGCCACGGAAGAGGAAGCCACCAUCGGUACAGCCCCAAGAGGCGCCACAGGAUGGCAUUGAGCAGCAAACUUCUUUGAGAUUAGAGCUAAUCUCAUCGGACAUUCAGAGCGGAUCGCUGGAUCUCUCCUACGACGGCAGCAGUCACUCACCUGGCUCCGGUGGCUGUCUCACGCCGCAGACGCGGACGAAACGUAUGCGAACUUCCUUUAAACACCACCAAUUGCGAACAAUGAAAUCUUAUUUUGCAAUCAAUCAGAAUCCGGAUGCCAAAGACUUGAAGCAAUUGGCCCAGAAAACUGGACUCUCCAAACGUGUUUUGCAAGUCUGGUUCCAAAAUGCGCGCGCCAAGUGGCGCAGGAAUCUCAUGAGGCAGGAAGCACAGCCCCAAAUUCAGGGCUCUGGCAAGUCGACUGCCACAAUGACGGGUCUCACGAUCCCGGGUAGUGGACAGGGUGGCAACGGGGAGGGAAACCCGCCCACGGCCUCGUCCCACGUCCUCGACGAAAUGCACCAAAUGACUUUUGCCGAACUCUACUGAAAAUGCCAUAAUUAGUCAGGGCGUAUUUUACACACU